UCUGCGUCUGUGCGCAUGCUUGGGGUAAGGGCGGGAUUCAGCUGACCGAGAAAGAGCGGUCUCAGGGAGAAGAAAAUGGCGGCGGCCAUGCUGUUGGUGGUGGUUCCUCCUUGGCCGACAGCCCCGGGACUCCUCAGGAACUGUUGGGAGCGACUGCGGCGGAAACUUCAGCAGAACCGGCCAGGCUUUCCCAGUCUUCCGUGGGGACCAGCAUUAGCAGUCCAAGGUCCAGCUACAAUUACAGAACCAGCAAAUGAUAAUAAUGGAAGUAAGGAGAUUUCCAAUCUUUUGGAUAGUAUCUUUUGGAUGGCUGCUCCCAAAAACAGACGCAGCAUUGAAGUUAACCGGUGUAGGAGAAGAAACCCUCAGAAGCUCAUUAAAGUUAAGAACAACAUAGAUGUUUGUCCUGAAUGUGGUCACCUGAAACAGAAACAUGUCCUUUGUGGCUACUGCUAUGAAAAGGUGUGCAAGGAGACUGCAGAAAUCAGAAGACAGAUAGGGAAAACAGAAGGGGGCCCUUUUAAGGCUCCUACCGUAGAGACCGUGGUGCUGUAUGCGGGAGAGACACCAUCUGAACACGAUCAGGGCAAGAGGAUCAUUGAACAAGCCAGGAAGCGACCGUCCUGGUUCACCCAGAAUUGACACCAGAGAUAUUUAAAGACGAUAACAUAAAACAUUUCUCCUGAAAGAGAGGAAGAAUCGUUGUUUUUAAUAUUUUGUGCUUGUUUUAAAAAUCAUCAAUAUAGCUUAAAACAGUCUUCAUGAGUAGUUAGUUUUGUGUGGAUAAUUUGAAGAAUGUAUCAGGAGUAAAGUCUGAAAAUGUUUGUUUAUGCAAAGGCAAUGUAUUUAUAUGUCUGUUUCUAUUAUAAGUUUGUAAGUAAACUAAAUUUUCAAGGCCAGAACAAUAAAACUAAUUUAAAAUUCA